GCUACUUCCUGCCUUUGUGAAGCCCAUUUGUUUUCAAUGCUUCCGACUCGGGAAGUCACUUGAUUCCUCACCGUAAUUGCCUUCGUUAAAAUUCCUGGGUUUAGUAUAUACACGGAGGCAUUUUGGCUAUUUUGUUUCGCUGUUAAACAGGAAUGCUAACUAUAUGCACCACUAGGACCGAGAACAGAUGAAAGCAACGACUAUUCCUUCCCAGGUGAGCGGCAUACCCUGAAGAAGAGGAGUGCUUCUGAAAUUCCCAUUAUGUUUUUAACAAAUCAAAUGCGGAGGAAAGGGCACGUUCGAAGGAUUUAACACCCGUCAUCCUAUUUGAUAGUUUGCAGGCACAAUGUCCGUACAGUACACAAUUGAUAUCCAGCUGACAGAGCUGGGCUUUCCCGACAUCCUCCAGCCUCAGGAGAGCCUCUCCACAUCAUGUGAUGACUCUCUAUCACCUUGCCAUUCUCCUGUUUUGACGAAACCUGACCCACACAAAGGAAGCCAGGUAGUCAAAGGGCAGUCACCCAGCCAGCUCAAAGGUCCACAGCCCCCUGCCUCACCAGUGAUCCAGACCAGUGCAUCAACCAUGCUCGAGCCAUCGCCGAGUGGACAGCAGAUCGGUGGUAUGGCGAGCUCCCCGAAGAAACAGCCGGUGUUAAAACGGCUACCGUCGGAGAGCGACUCUGAAGACAGUGAUGUUUCGGUGAACUGCUUCCAAAAUGAAGAAGAGGAUGAUGAUGAGGAUGAUGACGAGGAUCCGGAUGAACUUGACAAUGAGCCGACAAAUUCUGGGGACCAUGUCUGCAGUGUGUGCGGUUUGCGGCUGCCCUCUAACUUUAAAUUACAGGACCACAUGAACCUGCACACGGGUGCUCGUCCGUAUUGCUGUGCAGAAUGUGGCAAGCGCUUUUCACAGAUCCAUAACUACCGUGCCCACCUGCGCACGCACGGCCAGAGUAAAGCGGAGCGUCCACACUGUCGCAUCUGCCUGGUGUCAUUCGCCUCGCAUGAAUCUCUUGAGCACCACCUGCUUUCCAAACACUUGGAGGACAAGUUCUACGAAUGUGACUUGUGCAAACGCGUGUUCACCACCCUGAAGGCCUGCGAGCAUCACGUGGAGCUGCACAGAACGAUGCCGGAGCUGGUCUGUGAAAAAUGUGGUCGCCAUUUCACCCAAGCCAGAUCCCUCAGGCGCCAUCAGAGAAAGGCGUGCCACCGGGUCUUCAAAUGCACAGAUUGCCCGGACACCUUCGGUACUAAGGACUUGCUCCUCAAACACAGCUUCUCCCAUCUCGGCCUGUUGCCUUACACAUGCGUAAGCUGCCGCUGUCACUUCCGCCUAGCCAAGCUGUAUCGCCAGCACAAGUGCGAACCAUGGCGCAUACAUUGCGAGGCGUGCCUGAGAGAAUUUUCCUGUCGGAAUGACUUCCUCCGACACAAGGAGGAAACUGGCUGCUGGGGCAACUGUGACAUCAAAGGGGACGAGAUCCGAUGUCUUGAGUGCGGCCUCCGCUUCGGCACCACCGAGGAGCUAAAGAAACACGGCGGGGCUCACCAGAGGGUCCUUAAAUGUGCUGAGUGCGGUAAAGGGUUCCGAUCUGCCUUGUUGCUCAUGUCCCACAUGGGCGGCCAUGCCGGCAACUCUCCCUGCCUCUGUCAGAGCUGUGGACUGGGCUUUCCCCAUCAGCAGAAUUAUGAAAGCCACAUGAAAACGUGUGGAAAAACACCCCAGCCCGCCAAACCUGCGACUCAUGCAAAGAAACACCUUUUGUCAAAGAACAGCAAUCUUAAGAUGGCUCCCUCCUCAAAUGACACAUCCAGUCCAGCACCAGCUCUCCCUGAGCCUACCAAUGCGCAAAACACCACCACUUCACCUGCCACCAAUUGUGCUGUUCUACAACUCGGGACACAGAACCCUUCCAACUCAGAUGGCUGCUGGAAGCUAACCCUAGAUAAACUACCGCCACCGGGUUCUAAUCUCCUUCUCUUUGUUACCGCGAACACAGAGACUUUGACAUUUCCGCUCUCACAGGCUGUCCCAGCAGUGCACCAGUCUCCCAAUAGCCAGGAUGCUGAUUGUGAACCGAUGGAUUUAUCUAAGAAAGAAUCCAAUUCCAUUCAGAGUGGCGUUCUUCCUGCAGUGAUCAAAAGUGAACCAGGAGAGUUUGACGUGUCGGGAGAGGCGACGAGACAAGAAUUGAAUGCUGACUGCCUUAUGGAUCUCUCAACAACAUCUAGAAACAAAACUGAGCCUCACUCUGCUGACUGAAAUCCAUAUGGAGGCUGACUUGUCAUGAUCUGCAUGUACUAAAACAAAAACUCGAAAGAGAUGAUAUAACGAUAUUUUGGGUUCUUGGUAACACUGGUGGUGUUUAGGUGAGUGCUUUCUUAUGUUCUUUUGUCAAAACCAUUCCUACCUUUGUUAUCUUUUUCUAUUUAUAAAAAAAAUAGGGGAGUGCUAAAUGGUACCGUUACAAGUCUUUGUUUUUCUUUUCCAUUUAAAAAAAAAUUUUCAUUGUGAGUGGAAUUACAUAGCACAUAUACAGUGGAUUUCUUAUUAUUUUGCUAUACUUGAAAUAUUCGAUGUGUACAUCAAUGUUACGUUUAAUAACAUUUUUACACAAACCCUGAUAGCAGAUCGGUAGUUGUGACAUAGCGCUUAAAAAUCAAUGUUAAUAGGAGAAAAAUGAUGUACAAUUGUGAUGUUUUACUUGGGGGUGCAUAACCUUUCUAUUAUGGCAGUUAUGAUAAACCUUUCAAAGGCCUCUUCUGUAUGAAUGAUGAAAUUAGAUAAAUGUUGGAUUGAAAGAGGCCAUGUCUAGACUUAGCAGUUUUUUUUUUGUUUGUUUUUUUUUAAACCGAGGAUGCUGUGCUACUCCGUCGGGGAAAUAAAUCAUACUUAAGUCCACACCAGCAGGUUUGUAGUAAAAAAUAAAGUUCCACAGCCAACUGCAUUCAUUCAUUUUUUAGUACAUUCAUAACAAUGGGUGAAAAAUAAUUGUCUAUAAUCCCCCAUUCUCAAAUGGGUUCUUCAAAAUAAACGGAAGCCAAAAAAAGCACAAAAUUUACUCCAAAUGUAAACAUUGGGCUCAUGUGUGACGUAGGGACAAAAUUUGUCGCAGUCAGUGACGUUUCCACAGUUAAAUCUUCAGUUGUCAGUGUCCACAUGAUGGCACCACAAACGAAGAAUUCGCACAUCUUCACUUUGGACACAGUUUUUAAGAACCCUCGUUUAAAUAUGCGUAUGCGUAUGGAUGAUAGGCCAAACCAUAGAAAACGUUUUUUGCCAAAUACCCUGCUAUGUGUAGACAUGGCCUGAGUGUGACUGUUGUAUGUCAGGGGGAUCUAUAACCAUAGUCUUCCUAAAAAAAACACACAGAAAUGCAGGUUUACUGACAUUAACAUCAGUCCAUUUUAUGUACUCUCUACUCAGGAAUAGUGUUUGGGAUUUUCAUGGUAUUGGAUGUGACAUUUCUUAAGCAACAUUUGUUGCCAGGUGUUCAUCACUGAUUUCAUAAAUUAACAUGAACCUUAUUUGUGGGGAAGAUUAUUUUUAUGUUUUGAUUUAUAUAUGACAUUUGGCCUUCUAGACCAGUGGUUCUUAACCUUGCUAAAGGUAGCGAAACCUACAAGUGUCACAUGUGUAUUCGCUGAACCCUUCGGAAUUAAAUAAUAAAGCAUUUUU